UGUGUACAUAUAACUUAUAUAUUUGUUUUUAUGCAAUGUGCUCUGCAGGAGAAGGAUAAACCGAACAGCACGACAAUGAAUGGUUCACCAGGCAGCACUGGAAUGGGCGAACAAAUGGGCGUCAAAAUCGAACCAGCGGAAGCCGAAUCGUUGUCCGUGUCCGGAAGUAGCGGCAUUCUUACCCCUAUCAAUCCUUACACUUGUGUUAAGCCCAUUAGUCCUGAACAAGAAGAAUUAAUAAAUAGGCUCGUGUCUUUUCAAUGCGAAUUUGAACAACCGAGCGAAGAGGAUCUAAAAAGGAUUACGAAUCAACCAAUGGAAGGCGAGUCUCCGAGUGAUUAUAGUUUCAGACACAUCACCGAAAUCACGAUUCUGACUGUUCAGUUGAUCGUCGAGUUUUCGAAGAGAUUACCCGGCUUUAACGAGCUGUUACGUGAAGAUCAAAUCACUCUGUUAAAGGCGUGCUCCAGUGAAGUGAUGAUGCUACGGAUGGCAAGAAAGUACGACGUGCAAAGCGAUAGCAUCAUUUUUGCUAACAAUCAAUCAUACACGCGUGACAGUUAUAGCGUCGCUGGAAUGGGAGAUACCAUCGAAGACCUUUUACGAUUCUGCCGGCAAAUGUACGCUAUGAGGGUCAAUAAUGCUGAAUAUGCUUUGCUCACAGCUAUUGUCAUCUUUUCUGAGAGACCCAAUUUGUUGGAAAGCAGAAAGGUGGAGAAGCUUCAGGAGAUUUAUUUGAAGACAUUAAAAGCAUAUGUGGAUAAUCGUCGUCGACCGAAAUCCUGUACGAUCUUCGCUAAACUUUUAUCAGUUUUAACCGAACUCAGAACCCUUGGCAAUCAAAACAGUGAAAUGUGCUUGAACCUGAAAUUUAAGAACAAGAAGCUGCCACUUUUCCUCGCCGAAAUCUGGGACGUGGUGCCCUAGUUUCUCAGUCGCCGAUCAACGGCGAUUGCGCCGGUCGGCUGAAUAAAUCAUCUGACGUCGCGGUAGCAGCAACAGCAACGACGGUGUCGAUGGACGCACGGACGUGGAAAACGGCCUGCGUAAUUCUUAUACUAGUGCACCAUUAUGCCACUGCCUCAACAUAGCAAGUCAACAUAUUGUAUCAGUGCUGUUUUUAGAUUCAUUUCGAUCAUUUGUUCUUUCUCUCGAUCGACCAUCUCUAGGUGUCACCCUAGAUUGAUCGAUCUUUAUAUGGCUUGUUAGACAAGCGUGAGACAGACCGGCCCCGCGCUAUUCGCAUGUAACUUAUGUGUGACGCACAGAAAAUGUUUAUUCUUUAUAGAUUUAGAUUUAUGUAUAUAAUACUGUGAAAAAAGAAAGUUGGGAAUUUGUGGAAAUAAUAAAUAAUAAAAUACAUCUGAGAACAAUGUGCUGAUGAAAAUACAUAUGAUUGAAUACUUGUGAUAAGAGAGAGUUUGAUGCGAGAAAGAUCUGUAUAGUACCAUAGACACACAAUAAGAUUUAAAGAAUUGAAGCUCUAUGCUACCAAAGAUCUAUGGCAUAAGAUGUACACGACGUAUCUAUACGAUUCAUGGAAUUAUCGAUCUUCAUAGUUCCAUGUAUUUUUGUUCGAAGUAAUUUUUGUAAUACUCGUCUAUUCAAGACUAUUUAAAUUGAAACAGUCGUUGAUUCGUACCAAUACUUUCUUUUGUUCACAAAAUCGUAAAUAUUUAUGUCGCGAUUAGACCUAACCUAUGAGAAUCGCGUGGGACCGAUUUGGAAACGAGGAACAGGAAAGGCCUCGCACAUUGAAAAUACGCGCAGAGUCACGCACGCUUCAAAGGAAGGAGCAAGGAAAGGAAUAAAAAUAAGAAUGAAUAUAUCAUUGUGAGAGAUAGGCAGUGGCGCGGCCCAGGCUGUGAUACAUAGAGAACAGAGAUUGAAGAUAUAUAAAGAAAGCUACCUGCAAUUUACAUUUUAUCGCUAUAUCCUCUACCUGGAUACAUCCUUACACACAAUCGAUAUGUAAAUGUAAUGUAUUAUACGAUAAGGUAUUGAUAUAUUUGACGAGUGUGCAUUGUCUGCACAUUAGUCAUUCUUGAGAAAAUGAAUAGCAGCAAGUGUGGUUACUAUAAGGGAGGGAGAGGGUAGAAAAUUAUAUCGGCAGGAUGAGACUAAGGGAAUCGUAACGAAGGAUGAUUUACGCAAUUGGCGAUGCUGCUGGCCGAGGAUUAACAAGUUCAAGGAUUAAAAUCUGUAGUCGUCAUUAAUACAGCAUUUUCCCUAAUCUUGGCCGUAAAAAGAGCGAAACGGGACGAUCGACCCGUGCGAUAUUCACUUUUGAGCAGCGUCGCAUGAAUGGAACGCGAAAAAAAAAAUAGAUAUGUAUAACAAUAGCAUAGAAUCUAUAUCACUCAUACACAUACAGCAUAAUAUAUCUUGCUAGCAUGUACAUUGUUUAUACCAGAAAGAGGGAAAGAGAGUGUAGGAAACAGACGUGUGUGUGUGUGUGUGUGUGUGUGUG